UUUUUAAUCUGUUACGCAAAAGUAUAAAAAAUUAAUUAAUAUUUUAAACCAUACCAUUGUAUUCUUUAUGGCAUUAUAUAUAAGACAACUUUGAAUACAUUAUUAAAACAUUAGUUUUAAUUUAUUUUUUAUUUAAAUGUGUAAAACAUAAAUAUUCGAAAAUUUCUAAGUUAACGCAACUUUUUGAAACUGAUAUAACGAAAUUUAAAGGUUCGAAAGCUUAACGUGUCCCAUCAAACAUACAUGAAGUUUUCUAAAAUUGAUCGUCAUUUCAACGAAAUUUAUGGGGAAUUUUAUAGCCUCGAAUUCGUUAAGUGGUAAAAUGAAAUGAAGUGAUAAAAUUAAUAAAUUGAUGAAAUAGCAUGAUAUCUUACCAUUGGACACAAAACAUCGAAAACAAAUUCCCAAGUUUCAACGAGAACCAAAUUCUAUCUAGAAUAGUACGUUUUUUUUUUAAUCUCAACGGUAUAAUACCAUUCGUAACGACACACAGACGACACUUUGUACAUUAUCGUAUAAAAGUUAUUUUUACAAACAUUUUGUUAUUCCAUUUCACUUCCUAUCAUUAUUUGUAUAUAUAUAUACACACACACAUGAUUUUUUAACUAUAAUGUUACUAACAGUGUCGAUGGAGUUGAGUCAGCCUUGACAAAAGCGAUGGAUCCAGAAACGAAAAUUUAUAUGGAUGAUAAUAUAACUCUCCUUAGGCAAAUAGAAUGCAAUCAAGAUAUUCUUUGCUUAUGUUACACGGAGACGCAUGACUUUUUGGCGGCAGGCAUGAUGGAUGGCGCGGUGCAAUUGUACAAAUUGCAUCAGAACGGCGAAAAGAAUCAGAACACGAGCGAGGAAAAGUUCGUGUUGCGCGAUACCGAGAUAAUGCAGAAGCAAAGUCCGGUGACGGCGGUUAAACACAGGCCUGUCCGCAAAUCUUAUCCAAUCUCGCGUACCGUCAUUGCCACUUAUGCGAAUGGUUGCGUCAAGUGUUGGCAUUAUCCGACCAAUCAAUGCCUUUACACGAUACGGGAGAACAGGCAGGUUCUAGGCUUGGCUUAUCACUCAUAUCUACCAAAAUUCGUAACCAUGGGCGACGAUGCGAAGCUCAUCAUGUACGACGAAGAAACGAAAAUGCAAGAAAGAGUGUUUCACGCAAGCGAGUCGUUGGAAGUUAUGGACGGUCAUAAAUCCAGAGUGUUCAGCGCGUGUUUCAGACCAAAAUCGGCACACGAGUUGAUCAGCGGCGGUUGGGACAAUACUAUUCAAUUUUGGGAUUCGAGGCAACCGUACGCGCUCAGACGUAUAUCGGGCGUGCAUAUGUGCGGUGAUGGACUCGACAUAAGCAAGAAUGGAAAAGAGAUCUUAUCGUGCUCGUGGCAAAGGGAGAAUUCCAUCCAAUUGUGGGAUUACGGUAGCGGAAAGCUGCUCGUUUCCUUGAUGCCCGACAGUUAUUCCUCCCUUCUCUAUUGCGGCAAAUACGUGUCGAGCAUGUUCAUCGCUUGCGGCGGCACGGAUAUCAAUCUCUUCAGGGUGGUCGACUUGCGAUCCCACGCCACGUUGGCGAUGAUCAGGAAUUUACGAGGUGGAACGUACAGUUUGGACAUUGGUCCGGUGAAUCCGAAACACGCGAAGAAAAUUCGGUCCAUCAGCAUUGUAUCGCAGCUCGCGUUCUGCGCUGGCAAAAGGAUAUACGAGAUCGACGCUCAGCCGGGUUGAUCUAAUUCUAACCAAUGAUUAAAAACACUUUUUUCUCGGAUCAAAUCGAGUCUCCGUUUUUAUUUCUAUUCCCAUCCGUCGUUCGGAUGUUCAGAUCGAAGGCAAAUGGGUUGCAAAGAAAUUUUUAAGUUUUAUCAUCGAGAAUAUUGAUUUCUCGAUAGCGGAGAUGGGUUAUUCUUAAGAGCGUGUGAGAAACGUUUGUUACGUUUACGUAAGCACUCUGGUCGUUUCUCGCCAUUUUAUUCUUUUUUUUUAAAUAAUUCAACUCGAAUGGAAUAUUAUUAUCGUUUCGAAGGAGAGAGAAACGAGAAAAGAGAAACGUCAUCGUACUCGAGCAUCGAGUCGAUAUGUGAAGCGCAGCAUUGGCGAUGUAACGUUUCUUUCUUUCUUUUUUUUUUUUUUUUUUUUUUUUUUUUUUUUUUUUUUUUUUAUUCUAAUUCAAGUGUGUUUGUUACAGUUUUUCGAUAACAUCCGGAUCGUUUCACGCCUCGGAUGUUACGCCGAGAGACAACAAACAGCGGUUAGAACGAACGUAUCGAGAAAUUAUUUGCAAAAUUAUCUCGGUAAUAAAAUAUAUUUCUACACACACAGUCGUCGCGGUGCAUCUUAUCAAAAAACGAGCCUCGCAUUCAUCAUCAUCAUCACCAUCACCAUCAUCAUCAUCAUCAUCAUCAUCACCAUCAUCAUCAUCAUUAUGAUCAAUAUCGGGAUUAUAGUAUAAAAUUGGUCGACAUGGCUUUGCGAAUACAAAUAAGAAAAUGAACGGUUCGAUGAUAUGUCUAAGAAUGACGAACGUUGAUAUCGAGCCGUGUUCCUCAUUGUACUUUUCGAGCUAGCGAUUAACGGUAAAACAUUCGAUAGGCGAUUAUCGUCACUGGUCGAAGGAAAGGACAAAAUACGAUUCUAAAGACACGAGAACACGAGAUACGAUCGAAUCGAACAACGAAAAACGAGAUACGAUAUGAGAAAGAAAUUCGGGUCGCGCGACUAUGCUUUACACACGAUAUACAGAGUAGAAAGAUAGUUGAAUAUAAUCGAUAACGAUUGAUCGAACGAUAGCCAGAACCGAUCGAAUCGUUCGAACGAUUCGAAACGACUCUUUCGAACAGGGAAUAAUAAUAAUAAAAAUAAUAAUACUAAAAAUAAAAAAUAAUAAUAGUAAUAGUAAUAAUAAUAAUAGUAAUAGUAAUAAUAAUAAUACUAGU